AUGGUUUUAUGCGAUCUCUGCAGAGAAAUUCCCUGGGAGAACCUUCCCACAGUCCCACCUGAGUCAUGGCCGUCCAGCAGUGGAUAUCCAUAUCUCCAAGACUUUCACCACUGGCCCCAGGAUAGCCGAGGCUACCUACAUCAUCAAAGUCUCGAAGCUCUACGUGAUGGUGCGAAUAGUAAAGGCUGCGGUAUUUGUUGCUUGAUUCUCAGUCAGGUCGAGUUAUGCCAGUCCGAGCUUGAGGAGUUGAAGCCCCAGUGGGAUGCGGGGACAAUAAUGAAGUACGGUUGGCCGCUAUGGGAAAUGUGGAUUGUCAAGAGAGAGGUUGGAGGGGAUGGAUUUUGGGUUAUGAGUACGACGGAUGACAAGAAUAAACGAAAUGUACGGCUUGUGGCAGCCAUUGGGCUUUGUGUAGCAGACGAUGAUCCCCUGGCACGAAUUAUUCGCGGACGACCUGUUGAACAACAUGGCGGAACUGUUCAGGCUAUAUCAAGGGCUCACGAUUGGGUAAAUAAAUGCAACAAGCAUCCCGAUUGCAGCCCCGGAGAGACGCUGUUGCCGUGUCGAGUUGUUGACGUGGGCGAUGAUAUCAACAGUCCUUAUGCGAAGCUCCGCGAAACAGACGGACAGGAACGUGGAAAAUACAUAUCUCUCAGCUACUGCUGGGGUAAAGCGCCGCAGUUCACUACCACCAAAGCAACCCUUGAAGAACGCAAACGUCAAAUCAUCAUCUCCGACCUAUCGCAGACGCAACAAGACGUGAUAAAACUAGCACGCGAACUAGGUGUGAGAUAUCUCUGGAUAGACAGCAUCUGCAUCUGUCAAGGCGACUACGACGACUGGGAGCGAGAAUCAUCAAAAAUGCUCUCCAUCUACGCAAACUCUUAUCUAACAAUUGCUGCUUCGAAAGCAAAAGAUCACUCGGAAGGACUAUUCAGCGAGACAAUAUCGAGGGAAUACAAGACGUUUGAGUACACAUCAGGAGAGCUUAGAGGACAGGCCAUGGCGUUCAAUCUUCAGCUCAACGAAGAAUCUGGGGCUAGUACUUAUAUAAGUUUACCGGAUGAACCACUGUCUGAUCGAGGCUGGGCUCUUCAAGAAAGAGUGCUGUCGUGUCGAACUUUGCUUUAUACAAAGCAGCAGAUGUUUUUUGAGUGUAGUAAGGGAUUUCGCGGGGAGGAUGGUUUGUUCCUUGAUUGGAGAUUCGAGAACGUGCAUGAUAUGCCAGACGGGCAGGAAGAAAGAAAAGAGCCUGACGAUAAAGAACGACAGGAUGAUCCUAAGGCAAGACUGUAUCAGUCAUGGUACAGCCUGCUCUGGAUAUAUGGCCCUCGAAAAUUAACAAAGGCUUCGGAUAAACUGCCCGCCAUCUCUGGUCUCGCUAGUAUCUUUGCCAAACGUCUUAACGACGAGUACAUCGUUGGUCUUUGGCGAUCACGCCUUUUAGAGGGACUACUUUGGCAGAGCCUGAGAUGCAGGCGUGUUGCGGAAUACAGAGCACCAUCUUGGUCAUGGGCAUCUAUGGAUGGAAUUCCUGGCAUUGGCGUCACGGGAGAUUACAAAGAGAUUGCAAAGGUUCUCGACGUCAAGGUUGACCUGAAGGGUACCAACAUCUACGGCGAGGUCACAACCGGGAAGAUACAAAUCCAAGCGCCGAUGGAGCGUUUAUAUCUCGAUGUCAAAGACUGGGAUCCUACGAAACCAGGAUAUGCUUACGAUAAUAACCCUCCCGUUCGUACAGCACACGACGAGACGGAUUCGCGGUUCGACUUUGACUUUACGGCUGAUGAUGCGCCGCAAGAAGCAUUGAAGAUAGUGAAGAGUUUAGAAGGGAAGGAGUUCUUUGCGCUCAUGCGACUUGUGAACUGGCAUGCCUUAAGACCCCUUCCCCCGUUCGAAGACCCAGAUAUGGUCCAUCUAAGAAGCGCGACCCGUUUGGGGUCGCUAUUAUGCCUACUAGGGCAUAUGGAGAGCGUAAUUGCUGACUGUUCCGCCGAGACUACUUCGACAAUAACCGAGACGACACAAAUAUCGAGCCUUGCGGCGUCAUGUCCAACGUACACGGGCGACCUCCAUCUCAUCAACGUUACGGGAACCAUCAACAUGACUGGCGUCGAGACUCUCAUCGGCGGUAUCACGUACAACAACGACUUCCCGGACGAUUAUGUUACGUUUUACAGCUCGACCCUCAAGAACAUCACCAGCGACCUUCUCAUGUACGGCGCAAGAGGGAAAGUUACCAAGACGCCGGGCUAUCUAAAUAUAACCCUUCUAGCCCUUCGAAGCAUCGAUGCGCUGGCUGCCUAUUGGGGAUGGGGCGACGUAUCGAUCAAUACAGACCCGAAGCUCAACAUGUCGCAACGGUUCACGAUCAGUUCUGGGACAAGUCAGUCUGAGGCUGGCAAUUUGUACUUGAACGUUACGUCUGUUUCGAGUAUCAAUGUUCAAGGUGUUGAGUUUCAGGACACCGGCGGAGCGCUUUUCACCUCAUCUGCAGAGAAGGUUGAGCGUGAGAUCACAAUUGGGGGGAACGCCGGAUUGGAGCGUGUGGUAUUGGAUAAUCUCAAGUCUGUCAACUACACGGUCGAUAUCAGAAGUAACUCGGAUCUCGAUUACAUCUCGUUAUCUCUCCCUGAAGUUGGCUUGCUGCGCGUCAAGGAAAACGGAAGGGAUACACAUCUCUCAGUACCCAACCUGAAGAAGCUCGGAGGUCGCAGCGAUCCCGCGACUCAUACUAGCGGUGGCGAUGCUGGAGGUAUCUUUAGGGAUCUCGUCAAUGCCAGUAUGCCUGAAUUGACCGAAGUCCAUGGCGAUGAUGUCGAUUGGUUCAAGGGCAAGCUAAACUUCACAUCCAACUUCUUCUCUGAGCUUAGUCUUCCGAGUCUCAAGACGGCAAACUGCACGCUUGGCAUCGAUGAGAAUAUUGCACUAAACGACCUUUCUAUACCGAGGCUGAACUACGUGAAGGACCUGCAGAUUCACGAUAACCCUCGCCUUCUCAACUUUACAGCCAAUUUGCUCAAAAAGGCUGAUAGCAUCAACAUGACUGGGCCAUUUACCAAUGUCGAGUUCUUCAGUCUCGAGGUCAUUACAGGGGAUUUCUACCUCGCAGGCGACAAGACCAUGGAUUGUUCUUGGUUCGAUGAGCACUUCCUCAAUGACAUUGUCAAGGGUUCAUACAAGUGUGUCGGGAACCAUACCAAGCCUGCAACAGAGCGCAAGCCCAGCACGCCGACCAACGAAGCAGAUCUUCAAGAUGAGGGUUCGAAGCAAGGAGGAAGCUCUUCUAGCGGAAGUGAAGAAAGUUCCGGCUCUGGAAAUAAGGGUGGCCUCUCGACUGGUGCAAAGGCAGGUAUUGGCGCGGGAAUUGGUGUAGCUGGUCUUAUCCUUCUUGGUCUUGGAGCUGGGUUCUUGAUUGGCAAGAAGACGAAGAGGCCACCCGGGGCAGUGACUCAUACUACUGACUCCGGGUAUCAAAAGGCUGAGAUUGAUGGAGAUGGUAAGCCGUCCGCUGGUGUCAAACAGGCGCAUAGUGUAGAAGCUUCCGAGAUGCAGGAUACGGGCAAGUCUGAGUUACCGACCAAUCCCGUGAGAGCAGAGUUAGCAGGAUAA